AUGAUCAAUAAUACCGCCCUCAUUCAUCGUUCCUCCUUUCUUUCUGUGCUAUACGCCAAAAUGCAAACGCCAUAACCAAACACUAACAACAACAAUCAAAUUCCACCGCUCACAAUCCUCUCAUUUCCAUUCUUCUUUCUCAUUCACACUAUCUUCUCCCAUGGCUGCCAAAACCAACGAUCCCGACUCCGAGUUCUUUCUCGACGGCGAUGUCUAUGCCGACGACGACCUUGAACGCUCUAAAAGCAUGGAAGAUCGCAGCAGCAGUACCUAUAGCGACGCUGACGAUGCUCCUAAUGGCCUUGGAGGUCGGACCUCCACUUUCACUUCUCAGCAAUGGCCUCAGAGUUACAGAGAGACAACGGACUCUUAUACAAUCAUGGCAUCUCCAAAUUUUGCAAUGUUUCGCGUUCCAAGUAUAUUGCAAACAAGCUUGCAUAAUCUUAGUAGAAGUAGUUUAGAAAUGGAUGCAAAAGCGCCUUUGUUAUCAGAUCCUGGUGGUGAUGAUCAAAAUGAGGAUUUUUAUAACAUAUCAAGACUCCAAUCGUUAAGGUCAGAGAGAACCACAAUUUCUAAGCAAAUGACUGGUGAAUUGCCUAUUGGCCGUGGGUGCAGCUUCACACAGACCAUCUUCAAUGGAAUCAAUGUAUUGGCUGGAGUUGGGCUUCUCUCCACCCCUUUUACUGUAAAAGAAGCUGGCUGGGCCAGUUUGGGAGUUCUGGUUCUUUUUGCCAUUGUAUGCUGUUACACAGCCACGCUUAUGAGGUACUGCUUCGAGAAAAGAGAAGGAGUUAUAACAUACCCAGAUAUAGGAGAAGCAGCGUAUGGAAAAUUUGGACGUCUUUUUGUCUCUAUCAUUUUAUACCUGGAAUUAUAUUGUUACUGCGUUGAAUUUAUUAUCUUGGAAGGAGACAAUCUAACCAGUCUAUUUCCCGGAGCAUCGUUGAGUUUGGGGAGUAUCCAGUUGGACUCUAUGCAUCUUUUUGGAAUUUUAACUGCACUGAUUGUUUUGCCCACUGUUUGGCUGAGAGAUCUCCGUGUGAUCUCAUACCUGUCAGCUGGUGGAGUCAUUGCAACCAUCUUAAUAGGGCUGUGCUUAAUUUUUCUUGGUACAUUUGGAGGCGUGGGGUUUCAUCAGACUGGUGAAGUAGUGAACUGGAAGGGUGUUCCUUUUGCAAUUGGUGUAUAUGGUUUUUGUUAUUCUGGCCACACUGUGUUUCCAAACAUUUAUCAGUCCAUGGCAGAUAAAACAAAGUUCACCAAGGCGCUAAUAGUAUGCUUCAUUUUGUGUGUUCUGAUUUAUGGAGGGGUUGCUAUCAUGGGAUUUCUCAUGUUUGGCCAAAAUACAUUAAGCCAAAUAACUUUAAAUAUGCCAAAACAUGCUGUUACCUCUAAAGUUGCAGGGUGGACAACGGUUAUCAAUCCAUUCACCAAAUAUGCACUGUUGAUGAAUCCACUGGCAAGAAGCAUAGAGGAGCUAUUACCUCCUAGAAUUUCAGCUAGCUACGGGUGUUUCAUUCUUCUAAGAACAGCCCUUGUUGCUUCUUCUGUUUGUGUGGCUUUCAUUCUGCCCUUUUUUGGUCUUGUGAUGUCUUUGAUUGGAUCUCUUCUCAGCAUACUUGUGUCGGUAAUAGUGCCAACCAUGUGCUAUCUAAAAAUAAUGGGAAGCGACGCUACAAAGAUACAGAUUACUUCGAGCAUCGUUGUUGUUGGACUCGGUAUCGUUAGUGCAAUCAUGGGAACCUAUUCUUCUCUGUCAAAGAUUGCAAAGAGUUACUGAGAAACAUAUAAUAUGGUCCGGUUAGAUUUGCUGUAGACUUCAUGUCUGCAGCCGUUCGAGAUCAUAUGUACUAAGCUAUUGGUAGCUUCGAAGUCAUAACUAGGCAGUUUGAACUUCUAAAUAAUUGUACCAGGCUAUUAUUGAUCUCAUUAUUUGUAGGCUUAGAUUAGACAUUUCCUUUGACAAACACUCUAAUAAAAGGAAAUCUACAUACGUUAGAAGAGUGAGGAAUGGCGAAGUAGAGUACUGAGUGUUGAAAUAGGAGAGUUUUGGGAUAUAAAAUCUUAAGAAUUGGGUGUGUUAUAACAGAAAAUUAUUUACUUUUAAGCUUGGUAUUUGUGAAAUUCUGAAAUUCUAAAUACUACCCUUUUUGAAA